UUCCCUCUACACAUAUCAUCGAUUUUAAUUGUAACGACGCGGAUUUCAAGGCAAUCUGUCCCCGACAAAAGAUUCGACAUCGAUAUAAUUGUCCUCAGGUGGAUCCCGGCGCAUCGGUGUAUCAAAUCCGCGAGGGAUCCGCGAAGGCAAGUGAUUAUGGGACAUGCGUCAGGAAGAGGACAGCACAGACCGCAGGAUCGCACUGAUUAAGUGCGCGUCGCCAUGGCGAGGUGGAGAUGGAUACUGCUGAUCCUGACGACCGUCUGGACGCUGGGCGAUGGCUACCUGGCGGUGCUGCCGUCCAGCACGCCUGUCGGCACCGUCGUCUUCGAGGCCGGGGUGCCGCAGCUGGGCGGCCGUCGCAAGUACGAGGCGUCCAGCGAGCGCACCGCUUGGUUCGCUCGAAAGCUCCUCAAGGUCCAUCCACACUCCGGCCGCGUGACCCUGGCGAGGACACUCAGCUGCGACGGUCUCCAGUAUCCGCGUGUUUUCACCUUCUACGUCGACUCGACGAGCUCCCGCCUCGGUAGACCCACCAUCGACUACUACAGCUUGCCACUGAGGAUCCUGAUCACCGGAUGCGGCGGGGAAAAUCGCGACCUGGCGGCCACCAGGGGCUGGAUGGCGGAGACUCUGGCCUCUUACGCGAUGCCCAGCACCGACAGGUUUACCGAGGUAUGCCUGCGGACGUCUCAACUAGUGGCAGCUCUCCGCGACUUUCUGCCUCAGACUACAUUGAAGGAAUGCGAGACAAGAUGGGGUGGAGUCGCGGACCCCAGGUUCCUCGUGGAAGGUGCCGCCGGGGACCUGGUUUCCGCCUCCGAGCAGUGCCUGGUCGAUCCGCUGUGGAAGGUCUCAGUCAGCAUGAACUUGCGCUGCGACGUCGAUUCGCGUCUGACGGACGCCGAGCAUCGGCUGAAGAUCGUGUUCCAUCACCGUCAGCUGGACGACACAGAUCUGGGCAGGAGGGUGAGACGAGAGCUCAAGAAUCAAUCGCCGUAUUUUGAGCAGCCGCUCUAUGUCGCCGCGGUGGAGGAGGAAAGAGAGCCAGGGGUGUAUGUGACUUCGGUGAGAGCCAGAGAUCCCGAGAACGGCGCCGUAAGGUACUCCAUGAGCUCGCUGAUAGACGCGAGAUCGCAGGCAUUAUUGGCUCUCGAUCCAGUGACCGGAAGAGUGACAACCCGUUCCCGAUUGGACAGGGAGAACGUCGACGUGCACUACUUUCGGGUGUUGGCGGUGGACGACUCGUUUCCUCCGCGCACCGGAACAACGACUCUCCAAGUUAACGUGUUGGAUGCGAACGAUCACACGCCCAGCUUCGAGGGGCCGGAGUACGAUGCGUCGGUGCGCGAAGGUGUUCCCGUAGGUUCCACGGUAAUUACAGUCAAGGCUACGGAUCAGGACACUGGAAGAAACGCCGAAGUGGAAUACUCUAUCGUCUCCAUCAUGGCGGGCGGUAGCACCACGCAUACGGAGGACGCGGCGACCUUCAGAAUCGAUCCCAGAUCCGGGGUGGUUACCACGCGAACUACGCUCGACCGCGAGCAAACCGAGAUUUACACGGUGGUGCUCAGCGUUACGGAUCAAGCGACGCCACCCUCGGUGCGGCGUAGUGCAAACGCGACCCUGGUGGUACGUGUACUGGACGACAACGACAAUUACCCGCAGUUCACCGAGCGUACGUACUCGGCGGCCGUGCCGGAGGACCUGGACUACACGACUAACCCGGUGAUAGCCCGUAUCAGGGCGGCGGACGCGGAUGCCGGUGCCAACGCAGCUGUCCGCUACGCUAUCAUCGGCGGCAACACGCAGAACACCUUCUCGAUCGACUCGAUGAGCGGCGACGUCGCCCUGGUGAAGCCGCUCGACUACGAGUCCACCAGGAGCUACAAGAUCGUCAUACGCGCCCAGGACGGCGGCUCGCCCGCGCGUUCAAACACCACCCAGCUGCUCGUGAUGGUCAGGGAUGUGAACGACAACGCGCCGAGAUUCUACACCAGCCACUUUCAGGAAUCGGUGCUGGAAAACGUACCGCUCGGAUAUUCGGUCCUGAGGGUGCAAGCGUACGAUUCCGAUGAGGGUAACAACUCGCACAUCCAGUACACCAUUGGCGCGCGCGACUUCACCGGCGCCUCUACGGAGAACUUCCCCAUCACCGUCAACGCGGAGACUGGUUGGAUCUAUACGACGAAGCAGCUAGAUCGCGAGCAGUGCUCGAAGUACCAGUUCACCAUAAUCGCGGCGGAUUCUGGCGAGGAACCGAAAUCCGCGAGCGCGACGGUGAUUCUCACGGUGACCGACGUGAACGACAACGAUCCUCACUUCGAGCCAAGGAAUUACGAGACUGUGGUGUCCGAGGACGAUCCGCCGGGCACCCCGGUCGCCUCGGUGACCGCCACCGAUCCGGAUGAGGACGCCAGGAUCCAUUACGAGAUCACGGGCGGCAACACGCGCGGUCGCUUCUCCAUCGCGUCGCAGAAUGGCCGUGGCCUCAUCACCGUCGCCCAGCCACUCGAUUACAAGCAGGAGAAGCGGUUUGUGCUGACAGUGACGGCGUCAGAUAGCGGCGGCCGCACCGACACCGCCCUGGUCUAUGUCAACGUGUCGGACGCCAACAACUUCUCGCCGGUAUUCGAGAACGCGCCGUACUCGGUCUCGGUGUUCGAGGAUGCGCCGAUCGGCGUGACCGUCCUGGUGGUGAGCGCCACCGAUUCCGACGUCGGCAAGAACGCCCAGAUCACGUACAGUCUGGCGACAGAAAACGGCGAGCACACCGUCACCGAGUUCACCAUCAAUCCACAGACUGGCGCGAUCACCACGACGAAGGCGCUCGAUCGCGAGCUCGUGCCCUCAUACCUGUUGACGGUGAUCGCCCGGGAUGGCGGAGUGCCGUCAAUGUCUGACACUACCGAUGUAGAAAUCUCCGUUACGGAUGUAAAUGACAACGCACCGGUCUUCGAGGCGCCGCAGUACCAGGGUUCGAUUCCCGAGGACGUUUUGGUGGGCACCAGCGUGCUGAGAGUCGCUGCGAUUGACGCAGACACCGAUCUCAAUGGCCGAGUAAGGUACGCUUUAGAAGACGACGGCGAUGGUGCGUUCGCGAUUGACUCUACGACAGGCAUCAUCAGGACCGCGAAACCGCUGGACCGAGAAUCGGUAGCACAUUACAUCUUGAGGGCUAUCGCCAUAGACCGCGGCUCGCCCGCACUCUCGUCCGUCGUUCCCGUCACGGUCAAGAUUGAGGACAUAAACGAUUCACCGCCCGCCUUCGAGAACGAUAAGAUUGUUCUCUACAUCGCCGAGAACUCGCCGAUCGGUUCGACCGUCGGCGAUAUCUACGCUCACGAUCCGGAUGAAGGCCUCAACGCGGUAGUGCAGUACAGUAUCAUCGGCGGCGAAGACUCCAACAGCUUCAGCCUGAAUAUCCGUCAAGGCGCCGACCGGGCCGAAUUAAUCACCCUCGAGGAACUCGACUACGAGUCGCCGAAGAAGAAGUUUGAGCUCGUGGUGCGAGCCGCAUCGCCACCGCUGCGCUCGGACGCGGUAGUACAGAUCCUGGUGACCGAUGUGAACGACAACGCGCCGGUGCUUAAGGACUUUCAGAUCAUUUUCAACAAUUUCAAGGACUUCUUCCCGACCACGCCGAUUGGACGGAUACCAGCGGUGGACGCCGACGUGACGGACAAUCUCGUCUACAGUAUCCUCGCCGGCAAUAACGCGAAUCUGAUCGAUCUCAACAGGACCACCGGCGAGAUCCGGCUGUCGCCACAGCUCAACACCAACGUGCCGCGAGUGGCGACUAUGGAGGUCGCCGUGACGGACGGCAUCAACGAAGCUAAGGCCACGAUGACGUUGUCGGUGCGUCUGAUCACCGACGAGAUGCUGUUGAAUUCAAUCACCGUAAGACUGGACGACAUGACGGUGGAGGCAUUUCUCAGCCCUCUUCUGGGUUACUUUCUGGACGGCUUGGCGGCUAUCAUUCCGUGCCCGCGCGAGAACAUCUUCCUCUUUAGCGUCCAGGAAGACGCAAACGUGCACGGCAAGAUCCUGAACGUGAGCUUCUCGGCGCGCAGGGUCGAACCGGGCACGGUUGAUGAGUUUUACAGCCCGCAAUUUCUUCAGGAACGGGUGUACCUCAACCGGGGUAUCCUGGCAAGAUUGGCGACGGUCACUGUUUUGCCUUUCGACGACAAUCUCUGCGUCCGCGAGCCCUGCCUGAACUUCGAGGAGUGCCUGACGGUGCUCAAGUUCGGCAACGCUUCUGGCUUCGCCAGCAGUGACACGGUCCUCUUUCGGCCUAUCUAUCCGGUGACCACGUUCGCGUGCAGAUGCGUCCGUGGCUUCACCGGCAGCCGCGAGGCUUACAUGUGCGACACCGAAGUGAAUCUGUGCUACUCGAAUCCCUGCAUGAACAGCGGCACCUGCCACAGACGAGAGGGCGGGUACUCGUGCACCUGCCGACCGGACUUCACUGGCGUGAACUGCGAGAUCUCGCUGGACCACGACGCUUGCUCUCCCGACGUUUGCAAGGGCGGCUCUCAGUGCACCAUAAAAAAUACCGGUAGCUUUACCUGCGAGGGUUGCCCCGUGUCCGCUCUGGAGAGCGUAACGCCUCUCUGUGAGUUGAGGGCACGCAGUUUCGGUCCGGCGACAUUCCUCACCUUCGCUUCUCUCAAGCAACGUCACCGUCUUCAUCUUAGACUGAAAUUUGCCACCGAAUUAGCCGAUGGCCUGCUGCUCUACAACGGCAGGUACAACGAACGCCACGACUUCAUCGCUUUAGAAAUCGUGGACUCGCGCGUGCAGUUCAGCUUUUCCCUCGGUGACGAGGUAACGAGAGCGACAGCGAGUAUUCCCGGCGGCGUCUCGGACGGUCGAUGGCACGAAGUGACGGUCUCGUACAUUAACCGGACAGUGACGGUGUCCCUGGACGACUGCGACGUCGCGCUCGCUCUAAAGCACGGGGAGAGACUGGGUCCGAGAUGGGCCUGUGCUGGUAAGAGCGAGAGAAUCCUCGAAGAGCGCUGCGGACUUGUCACCGAAACCUGCCACAGGUUCCUGGACUUGACCGGACCGUUGCAGUUGGGCGGUCUACCGGCGAUCCCGUCCAGCUUCCAAAUCCGGAACAAGGACUACGUCGGAUGCAUCAGUGAUCUCUACAUCGAUCACGUUUUCGUUGACUUGAAUUCAUUUGUGGCCGACAACGGAACGAAUGCCGGCUGCCCCGAGAAGACCGCCUUCUGCGCCUCGUCGCCCUGCAGGAACAACGGCAAAUGCCGCGAGAUCUGGUCAGGUUUCGUAUGCGAGUGCGAGCAUAACUUCGCCGGGCCUGUCUGCGCCGAGGAGAUCGGCGCACCGUAUGGCUUCCACGGCGACGGCAUGCUCGGCUUCAAUCCGUUACUGCGACCUAUUCAGUUACCGUGGACGACGGCCCUCAGUCUCCGAACCCGCGCGCGACAUGCAUUCGUCAUGAGCGUGCAGAUCGGCCAGAAUAGCUCGGUCCUGCUGGAAAUCCGAGACGGCAAGCUGGUCGUCUCGCUGGACGGUGCCGACGUGAUCCGAACUGGCGGUACGGUUGCGGAUGGCGAGUGGCAUCGCGUGGAGAUCGUCUGGCAAAGUGGCCACGUGUUCCUGGACACAGACUAUCGCGAUCGACCGACGACUGUGCCGCUACCAGCCAAGCUGCAGGGCCUGUACGUCGGCAGAAUCCUCGUAGGCGGUCCGGACCAAGCGACCAACGUCGAUCUGCCGUUCUUCGACGGCUGUCUGCAGGACGUACGAAUCGGCACCAACCAGAGCGUUCUCCAGCGGCCGACCGUCCAAGAGAACGUCGACGCCGGUUGUCCGUCUGAGACCCAGUGCAGCUUGGAAUGUCCGCAAGCGUCGAUCUGCAUCGCGCAGUGGCGGUCAAGCGAGUGCAUAUGCGCGGCCGGCCGCGUCGGUCGCAACUGCGAACGCGUCUGCAACCUCGAGCCCUGCAACGACGCCGGCACCUGCAUCGAAGAUGCGACCGACGUGCGUCGCGGUUAUCGAUGCGAAUGCGAUUCUUCCGAUAUAUCCGGAGAUUACUGCGAGACGAAGAGCGAGCAGCCCUGCCCGGCGACAUGGUGGGGAUCCCCAAUCUGCGGGCCCUGCCACUGCGACGAGACCAAGGGCUACGAUCCCGCUUGCAACAAGACCACCGGCGAGUGUCACUGCAAGGAGAAUCACUAUCAGCCGAACGGGCGAAAGGAGUGCAUACCGUGCGAGUGCUACACAACCGGCAGCUACGGGCCUCGUUGCGACAGCGAGUCUGGUCAGUGCCGCUGUCGGACUGGAGUAAUCGGUCGUUCAUGCACCGACUGCCCAAAUCCUUAUGCCGAGGUGACUUUGAGGGGCUGUGAAGUGGUCUACGAUGGCUGUCCCAGAUCAUACUCGGACGGUUUGUGGUGGCCGCGUACUCUCUUCGGGAUGACGGCCAUCGAGGACUGUCCCGGCACCGCCGAAGGCAAGACCUCCAGAUCCUGCGACGACAAGUUAGGCGGUUGGCAACCGCCCGAUCUCUUUAACUGCACCUCGGAGGCCUUCGUCGAGCAACGAUACCAGCUGGCGGCUCUGGAGACCAAGGAUCUCACGUUAAACACGUACGUAGCCGUGAAGAUGGCGAAGGACGUUCACAGAGCGGUGAAUAUCACGAGGGAUAUGUACGGAGCGGAUCUCCUGGUGGCGGAAUCUUUGCUGGUGGCGUUGCUGCGUUACGAAGAAAGUUUGGUGGGUCUGAACUUGACUCACAGCCAGGACAAGGAUUACGUUUCCCACCUGGUCAGCAUAGCCGGAGCAAUUCUGCGAUCCAAAUACAAGGACAACUGGGAAACGAUAGGAGAACUUAACGGAGACAGUCCCGAUAAGAUUCUGAACGCUAUGGCGAGAUACUUGAAGACUUUAACGGCAUCUCAACACGAUACCUUUACCAAUCCCUUCGAAGUAGUCGACGAUAACGUUGUGCUAGGUCUAGACGUUGUAACGUCAGAAAGCCUCUUCGGCUACGAGGCCGCCGAGUACAAGGAAGACCUCACCUUAUCAACAGCAAGGCCCGCGGAAGCCGACCGAAAGGUCAUUCUGCCCGAUACCUCUGCUUUCCUGAGCUCCUCGACGCACUUUGGUCCGUCCAUCAGCUUUCCAAAGUACAACAACUACAUGGCUGAUCCCAGCAAAUUCGAUCCACAUUCGAAAAUCCAGGUGCCACUCAACACAUUAGGUAUCAAACCUCUCAUGCAGGGUGAGCUGAAUAUCAAGAACAGUCUGAACAAUCAAAAGGCCGUGCUGAGUUACGUGCAAUACAAGGAACUCGGUGCUCUCUUGCCACAGAGAUUCGAUGACUCGGUGGCAGUUAGAUGGGGAGUAGAAGUAGCGGUUGGAUCGCCCGUAAUGACCGUUUCGGUGUUAGUUCCCUCGGAUGACGGCUACGAGUCCUUGACAGGAAUCCCUUUACAGUCGCCGAUUCAAGUCAGACUUUGGCUGAAUGAAAACGAUGAUUUCAAGACGAGAACAAACCCGCAAUGCGUUCAUUGGAGCACGGCGAGAGGAGUCGGCGAAUGGAGCCGAAUGGGCUGCACGACGGAAAUCGAAGACAAUUCCCUGUCCUUCGGCACAAUCGUGAACUGCUCUUGCAUGCAACUGUCCACCUUCGCCAUACUGACAGACGUCCUCGAUCUCGAAUACGUCCCCGAGCCAUCCUUGCUAGAGGAUGUCACCAGUUACAGUGCGUUCCUGCUCGCUUUGCCGCUGCUGUUAUCCGCUCUCCUGAUUCUGGCGUUGAUUCGCGGCGGUGGCACCAACUCCAACAGUAUCCACAAGAAUCUGGUGUUAUGUGUUCUCGUGGCGGAAAUUCUGUACCUGAUCGCGCUCAAGGCCAGAAAUCCUCUCAUCUCCAACGAAUUUCCGUGCAAACUUACGGCGAUAGGACUGCAUUAUGCCUGGUUGAGCACCUUCGCCUGGACCCUCGUAGACUCUGUACAUCUCUAUCGGAUGCUGACGGAAAUGAGAGACGUCAAUCACGGCGAGAUGAGAUUUUAUUACACUAUGGGAUACGGUCUGCCGGCUGUCAUCGUUGGGCUUACUAUCGGCGUCAGGGCCGAUCAGUAUGGAAAUUUCUAUUUCUGCUGGCUGUCCAUUUACGAGACUGUGAUUUGGUCGCUCAUAGGACCUGUCUGCGCGGCCGUGUUAGUGAACUUCUGCAUUCUCGUGAUGUGCAUCCGCGCAGCGUUUACUCUGAAAGAGCACAUCAUGGGCUUCGGAAAUCUACGGACGCUCUUAUGGCUAUCUGUCGCUUCGUUACCUUUGCUGGGCUCGACAUGGACUCUGGCGGUUCUCAACGCAUCGGAGAACUCGGCGAUGCUAUCAUACUUGCUCAGCGUCGCUAUUGUGGUCCACGCGGCAUUCAGCCUGAUCGGUUACUGCUUCAUCAACGGCAGAGUGAGGAGGAAUUUGUAUCAGAGUCUGUUAAGGUGUAUCGGCAAAAAGACGCCUUUGCUGGAAGGCAGCAUGGGCAACGGAAGCAGCAGUCAGAACGUAAAUGGCCAUUCGCGUUCGGCGCUAGCUUAUUCCUCGACCUACAGCGGCGCGGAAGCCGUGUGCAAGAGAGUCCACGUCGGCGUUUCCACGAGCAGCACGACUUCAAGAAGUACAAAUAAAACAGGCUCGAGCCCUUAUCGUAGCGAUACGCACUUGAGACACACGUCAACGUCCACAAGCAAUUACAAUAGCGACCGAGAUCCGUACCUGUCGUCGCGGAGUCAUCGAUCAGCGCUACAUUCUCGACAAGAAACUACGGAGGUAAGAGGUCAGCGCAGAGAAUCAGAAUCGGACUCGGACGGCUCGCAGGCCGAAGGAGGCGGCAGGAGCCUGGACCUCGCAAGUUCGCACAGCUCCGAUGAGGACGACGUUACGUCGAGAUCGCACAGAAACAUGGGGGUGACCACACAGCAACACGUCGCCCACAGCUACCUACCCAAUAUUCACACCAAUCCCGCCGAACACUUGAACAUACUUUGUUCCAACGCUGAAUUAUUCCCCAACAUCAAACCCAUCUAUGCCCCCCGAUGGAGUUCCCAACUGCCAGAAGCGUAUCUGUCGUCAAAUGUGAUGGACGUGCGCGGUAGUCAAUGGUCAGGCGGUACCAUGUCAGAUAACGAGAUGGCCUCGAACAAGACCUCGAGCCCGAACCCGCUGCCGUAUCCAGAGAUGAGUUCGCCGCCGAAGAACCAGCCGGACGAGAACUAUUCGGAAGGUGAGGAGAAGAUGCACCAUCUGGGUGAAAAGUAUCUGUUCCCCUAUACCGCUGAGGAAGACCACACAGUGUCGCCCACUCCGUAUGUACUGUCCAUGUCGUCGCGCAUCCUCGCCUCCAGCAUGAGCCAUCACUCGCAGAACUCAAAUCACGAGAAUCUGAGUGGUUCCGAGCAGCGCUACGGCAGCUUAAAGCGCGGUCAAAGUCUACACGGCUCCCAGAAUGACAAUCUCAGCGGCUCGGAGAGGUAUGGUAGUCUGAAACGCGGCAAGAUGGGCACCCCCACCGUUCUGGAGGACAGACCCGAGUACAUCCUGCCGAUGAGCGGCAGGAUACUGUCCAGCUCGUUGACCCAUGACCUGCAGCACAGUAACGAGCUGGCAGCGCUCAGGCAGCAACAGCAGCAGCAGCAGCAGCAGCAGCAGCAACAGCAACAGUACGAACAGACCAUCACUGAGACCGAGAAGGAUACUAAUGCGGAAACGUCCGUCUGACGAGGUCCGUGCCACGAAGAGAGAACAACGUACAAAGUAAUUUAGUUUACGCCUAGCUUAAGUGUCCAACGCGCAAUAAAGACUCGAACGAUCGUCGAUAUAUAUAUUUUAAGAAGCGGCCAUGACUGUACUUACAUACUUAGCCAUAUUAAUUAGCAUGUAUGUGCGAGUGCCUGUUUAUAUAUUGCAUAUGGAAGGUCUAUCAGAGUAAUCUUGGGAGAUAAUCCUCACAUUAAAAUUUAUUCCAUCGAUCUGAUAAUUAUAUAACAGAUAUAUGUAUAUAUUAUAAUAUAUGUAUACAUAUAUAUGAUAUAAAUUAUAUAAAUCGGCAGUUAUUGCUGUCAUCAUUGAAAAAUAUCUCGAUGUCAUAUUUAUCCAGCGUUACACAGUUGGAGGAUUCAGAGUGUAAAGAGAAAAUAAAGUUUACAAUUUAUAGAUACGUAUUUUGAAUACAAUAUUUUGUAUUUGAGACAUAUAUAGAAAAUUACGGAGUAAAAUCAAACGUUCACACUGAAUCGUUCAAUCACUCUGAUCGACCUAAUAAAUUGCGCUUGUUAUUAUUUUUAGGUAGGAGCGAUUCGGCUCCGACUUGUGAAUCUCCGAUUCUCAAUGAAUGAUCGUUGCAGCCAAUUAGCAAUGACAUUCAGGAAGAUACGGAGAACAAAAAUGAUCUCCAAUCAUUAUCGCAUACUUAUUAAUCUCAUUCUAUCCUAUCUUAAAUUCUCCCUCUCCUUGAGCUCAGUAUUGUGCAAUGUAUACAUUCCACUGUCUAUUCUCUUUCUCGUACAUAGGAUGAUCUUUAAUUAUUUAUAUAUCAAUACUUCAGAGGCUGAAGCUAGAGACCAAAACAAAAAAUGUCACGAACGUUUAGGUUAUUUAGGGCUAUAUUCUGUAAUAAAAUGCUCUGUAUUUCUAUAAGAUAUGUGGCAUUGUCGAGCAAGAGAGGAAGAGCGAAGAAUGCAAAGAUGAAAGAGCUUAUAGAGCGAAAAUCUCUUACAGAAUUCAGGGCUUAGACUUUAUUUUCAUAUAACAUAUUUUGCUUCAUUUAAGCUAUGCUCAUCCUCUAAAGUAUUAAUAUGUAAUUAAAAAUCAUUCCGCGUAUAUGUAUAAUUUUAGGUUUCGUUUACUUUUUUUAUAGAAGUUUACAAUCUUUCUCUUUAUUUUAUAUGCCAUGAAAAAGAAGAAAAAGUAGCGUAAAUCGAAGCGUACAAUCAUGCGGAGCAUUUUUUACAUACUUUUGUAUAUACACUCAUACGAGACGAAGAGAAAAGAGAACUGUGACAAAAUACAUAAUUUAUAUACCCUCAGUA